AUGCCAGUGCACGCCCCGCCGCUGUGCAAGACGGUGCCGUACUACCGCCAGGACUACAAGCACAUUUCUUGGUUCCGCCGUGUGUACUGGGUCCUUUGCCUGGCAGUGGCCUACGGCGGCCUUUUCUUUCCGUGGCUUGGCCUGGUCCUGGUGCCCAUCAUGACAGGUCUGACUCUCUUGGGCUUCUUCCGGGGCCGCGAGUGGUGCGGCAACUUCUGCGAUCGUGGCGCCCUCAUGGACGGGCCCCUUCGCAUGGUCCAUGCAAAGCUCUUCGCGCUGCCCUUAAUCCGCAGGGCCCCCGACACCGUGGGCCAAAUCCCGGAGGUGCUCAAACACCCGGCAGUCAGGUUGCUGGUCUUCGCCAUCCUCAUUACAUUCUUCGUGUCUCGCGUGAUCAUGGCGUGUGUGGAAUGCCAGGAUUUCGAAGGUCCGGACUUCUGGAAGAAGAUCGCAAUGAUUGGCUCGCGGAUGUGGCUAAUUUCCGUUUCGAUGGUCAUCGCCAUGGGAAUUCUUUGCGGCCCGCGCUCAUUCUGCUAUGUGUGCCCAAUGGGCACCUGGCAAAUCGCGAUGCACUGGAUCCAUCACAAGAUUUUCGGCAAGAGCUCGAACAAGUGUGAGCCCCUCAUCACUCUGGUUGAUCCAGAUGCUUGCCUCAAAUGCGGGCAGUGCACACGGGUGUGCCCUAUGCAGCUGGACGUUCACAACGAGUUUGACGAGAUGGGCCAGCUGCGGAAUGUAGACUGCAUCAAGUGCGGCUCCUGUGUGUGGUAUUGUGCCCAGCAGAUCCUGGAGUUCCGUGCGCCCAACGUCAACGAGCACCCGAACCCACGUAGCUCCCCGAAUGUGCCAGCUCCUGCGAAGCAG